CACGAGCUGUGUCGAGUCUGUGUAUAAUAUACAAAGAAAUUGUAUAAUAGUGGCUACUCAGUGUAUACUGUAUAGUGUUAUAGUGUUAAUAUGAUCCUUAUAAGGUCCACACUUCUGGUUCUGCUAGCGACUUACACAAGCGCUCGACGAGUCACCUGUCACGCCUGCAUCAACAGAACAUGUUACAGCCGCGAUCUCAUACUCAGAACGGCCAAAUUUUCCGGCCAAUUGGCUAUAGACAGAACUUCUGACAUCGUGUACUUCCACUACCAAAACAAGCAGAGAAAAGACUAUACAGGAGCUUUUGAUCUGGAUGCUGUUCGAUUUCAAGUUGUUCCCGAUCUAGGAUUCACGUUCGGCCACGCUGUAGAUCAGAAUACAAGAGAUCUAUACGCGUCUGGAAUGACGGGGAUCUACAGGUACAAUCCAGAGAAAAAUACCACUGAAUUGUACGCACUAAAAGACAAGACAAUAUGGCAUUUACAAUACACAGAUAGGUUGUAUUACAAUGAAUUCAAAGGACAGGGUAUCUAUACUUAUACGAAUAGAAAAACAUCGGUAGUACCCGGUACAAAUUAUGAAAUAGAUGAUUUUAUUGUCGAUAAAAACAAUGAUAUAUAUUUUAUGGCCAACGAUACAGUAUAUGUUUUGAGGAACGGAACGAAAACUGCUAGUGUAUUCGAAAACGAAAUAUAUGUUAUGGCUACAGAUAUAAAUGGUGAAGCUUAUUUCGCCCAAACUUAUACUAAGGGUAUAUACAAAAUUGAUUAUAGAACUGGUAGAUUGUUAGAAUAUGGUGCUUUUAGGGGUACCGUUGUUGAAUUUGUAUUUGAUAGUGAUAAUCACAUAAUUUACUACGAUGAGAAGGACAAAAGCAUCUACUAUCUCUCUCCCACGCUGAACAGAUGUACUGUGAACACAAAAAAUCGGGGAAGAAGUAAAUUAUUCUCUUUUGUUAAUAGUUUAGCAGAAAAUGAUAAUAAUGGUAAAGAUGUUAAAAUAAUAGCACAUGAUACCAAUGAAAUGAAUACAGUAGCGUAAGUUGAUAAACUUGAUAUCAAUGUUAAAGAAGUUAGGUUUGGAAAAGUUGCAAGUUGUAAUAAUAAUGUGAUAAAAAUAUAAAAAUAGGAAAGAUAUAAAACAAAAAUAAUACUUAACUUUGAGUGAAGAAUGGCCAAGUUUCUGAGGUAUUUUGAAAGGAGUCUGUCUAUUUAAUAAAGUUUUGAUUGGCUAGCGUUAAAAACUGACCAAUAGAUAGUGCCACAGAUAAACCCAAUUUCAAAAAAAUUCGAAAAUUAGGCAUAAUCUAACUGUUGUGAUAUAUUUAAUAACUUAACUGUAUAAAGACUUAAUAUAAAUAGUUUUUAUUAAUCUUAUAC